AUGCACGUUCAUUCAGAGCCCCAAGCACCUGUUGUGGAGCCGUUUAAAUCUGUGCAGAGUGAGGACCUGCCAGUCUCUCCCUGCUUCAGCGCUGAGCUAAGGCUGCUGUCUGGGUUGGUGCAGGCUCAGCAGGUGCUGCCCAGGGGAGCAGCAAGUCCAGGGAAACGGUUUGUUUUUGUCCCUCACCUGGCUUUAGACACCAGUGGUAUGAGUGGUCGUAAGCAUCUCUACUCGUGCCUAAUAAUCCCUCAUCCCUGCAUUUUUCCCCCCACCUGUCCCCUCCAUCCUCCCACUUCCACAGUGCCAGACUCUGCCAAGCUCGACCCCACCCCUCCUUUUCCCCCCGCCAACCCCGGUGCCAUCCCAUCUGUGCCCCCAAGCAGUGGAAAUGGAAAGCGCAUCCCCUCCGGAGGCCAGCCGCAGACAGCACAGCAGCCGCAGACUCCGCUCCAGCAGCGCUACCCGCCCAGAGAGGUGCCCCCACGCUUCCGACAGCAGGAGCACAAGCAGCUGCUGAAGAGGGGCCAGCCUCUGCCCUCCGGUACCCUCCCGCUCAUCACUACCGGACAUCCCGCCACUAGUGAACCUGCAGCAGCAACAGUAGCCAUAAGCUCCUCUCCAUCCUGCUCCUCUUCCUCCACAGCCAGCUUGCCCUCAGAACUGCCCCCACAGAGCGGCCAGGGAGCCCAGUAUGAAAAUUCCCUUUGGGGACAUUUGCCAGCCAACAGAAGUGCCACAAGUGCUGCAACUACCACCAGCCUCAGUGGCUGGGAUCCACUGAUCAUUGACCAGAAAGACACAGAGGCUUGGCCUUCUAUUACCAUUAGCCAGAGCCAGGCCCCUCCAGGAGGAUGCCCUUUGGACAUUGACCCUGGUCACCUGACCAGCAGCAGCAGUAGUACUAGCAGUAGUUGUAGUACAGUGAGUAUGGCCACAGGAGCCAAUAGUCAGACAGGCCACUUCCCUGCCAACCACCUUAGCAACAAAGCCAACAGUGGGUCUAGCCCUGCCAAUCAUACUGGAACAAGCAUUCUCUCCAGCCAGGUUGCAACCAACCGCAGUUGGGGCUCUGGGCCUGGUCCCUCUCAUUGCCCACCUCAGUCCUCAGUGGGGAAUGAAGGGAAAGGUGAAAGCCUAGUAGGAGGAGGAGGGAGUAGAGGCUGGGGUUCCUCUUCAUCAUCCUCCUCAACCAACUUUAACUUGAACCUAAACCCUAAUGCCAACCCAUCUGCCUGGCCCAUGUUAGGGCAUGAUGGGGGUGGCACUGGGGGUGGCAGCUCAGGGGGAGCCAACACCAUUUCACCUCCUCAACCUACACCCAACCUCUGUAAUCCACCUGGCCCCCCAACAGUCCAGACCAGCACCUGUUCUGGAGCCAACGCUAACAGCAAGCCGUCUGGGAUUGGCAGUGCUUGGGGUACUAUAAUGGCUUCUGAUGUGUCAGAGCCCCACCCCACCCCGUCCACAAAUGUGUCUUUCAGUUCAGAACCUCAUAACCUUAAAACUGAUGGACCAAAUCACACUAAUAAGCAGGAACCUCCCAGCCCAAUCCGAAACUUGCCUGGCUGGGGUAACGCAUCUGUAGGUGUGGGUUCAAUGGGACAGCUACAGCCAGGAGGUUCACAGGUGAAUGGAGAAGAUGGUAAUUCGGUUUGGGGUAACAGUGGUAACUCCAAGCCAACUCCAUCAAAGGAAGGAUCUGGCUGGGAUUCUGCCUGGGGCCAUGCAGGAGGUGGAGCAGGUAACUCUGGAGGCUGGGGCGAGCAGUCUAGUGGAGACUGGGGAAAGCAGCAUACUGAAGAGGCCCAGGGAGGCUGGGAUGCUCCCAGCUCUCCUCCCCAGGAUUCCCAGGCUAGUCCCUGGGGUAGAGCUGUAAGCACAGCUGGUGCCAGUGAAGGAAGUAGUGACAGCAUUGAAGGACAUCCCAGGCAAAGAGGCCGUUCAUCCAGAGAUAAUCCAGUUCCUCUACUGCCUGCCCAGGAUCUGGACCCAAGGGUGCUGUGCAACACUGGCUGGGGACAGACCCCUGUUCGCCAGCACACCACUUGGGACAUGGACGAUGCUAAAAACAAGAACGAUGUAAGCACUGAAACAUGGGGCUCAGGCCCAACCACUCCAAGUGAUCUGCAGGGGCCCUCAAACACUAACACAGGCUCCACACAGCGGACAGACCACGGCAGCAAAAACGAUGUGCCUGGUUCUCAGGGAGCUUCUGGUUGGGGUGGAAGCAUAGCUGCUCCCAGCCAGUCGAGCUCUGGUUGGGGAGAGCAACCCAGCAACAUUAAGCACCCUGUUGGCCCAAGUGGCUGGGGAAACCAUCCACCAGGAGGCCCCAACCCUAACAUACCCAAAAAUGGUGGUCAGUCGUGGGGAGAGGAGAAAUCGUCUGGGUGGGAAGAUUCUCACAGCAAGCCAGCGUCCCAGGGCUGGGGAGAGCAACCAAAAACAUCCCACACCUGGGGCAACAGUGGAGCUAGCAAUAAUUCAGGGGACUGGGGGGAGCCUGAAGAGAGCAAGAAGAGUCCCACCAACCCUGAAUGGGAAAACCAACGAGGAUGGGGAAUGUCUGCGCCAGGACCUGGGAUAUCAACUGGAGGAGGUGGAGGCUGGGCUGAGUCUGUACCUCAGCGUCCAAGUGGCCCAACACAAGGUUGGGGUGGCAAGCCUCAGGAUGGGCCCAGCACUAAUAGUGGAGGAGGAGCUAUGGGCUCCUGGGCUAGCUCAGGCCCUGUGAAGCAGAGUGCAAGCUGGGGUGGUAGUAAGCAGGAGCCCUCAACUGAGCCCACAGGCUGGGAAGAGCCCUCUCCUCCUUCAAUCCGACGCAAGAUGGAGAUCGAUGAUGGGACAUCUGCAUGGGGUGACCCCGGUACCUACAAUAAAGCAGUCAAUCUGUGGGAUAGGAACAAUCCUGGAAAGUCCCAAACUAAAGUUACUCCAGGAGGCAAUAACCCCCCAAGUUCCAGCAACAACCAUCCUCACUCUCACAAUCACCCUUAUCACGGGCCACCUGCACCUUUACAGAACCAUAGCCAAACCACCCAAAAUCCAGGCCCCACCAGUGGCCCAAUGGAUCCUCCAGUUCAACACCAGUCUGGACCAUCUCACAACAGGGGUCCCCUGAUAGCUCAAGGUUGGGGAGAGCUAUCCAGCUCCCACACAAAAUCAGACAGCUCUUGGGGAGAACCUGCACAGUCUCCAGUCAGCGUGGAUAAUGGCACAUCUGCCUGGGGCAAACCUAGCGGGAGCUCUGGAGGAUGGGGAGAUAGUAACACAGACAAUUAUGGAAGGGGCAACCCAGCAAUGGCACCCACAUCUUGCAAACCGGCCCCCAAACCUAUGCAAGACGGAUGGGGAGGAGGAGGUGAUGAGCUCAGUUUGUCGGGUGGUCAGUGGGAAGCCGAGGAAGGAGAUAUGUGGAACAGCACGGCCUCCCAGGAGAGCAACUCUUCCUGUAACUCGUGGGGAAAUUCGUCCAAAAAAGGCCCGCAGAAGACGAAAGUCACAGGGAAGCAGGAAGAUGCCUGGAUCAUGAAUCGUCUCAUCAAACAGCUGACAGACAUGGGCUUCCCUAAGGAUCCAGCGGAGGAGGCCCUGAAGAGCAACAACAUGAACUUUGAUCAAGCAAUGAGUGCCCUGCUGGAGAAGAAGACAGAGCUGGACAAGCGCGGGAUGGGGAUAGGUGGCCACGACUACAACAACGGCCUCAUGAACAAACCCGUGAGCUGCCCUCGACCUCCACUUCUUUCCAAAGAUCCCUCAGCAGAUCCCCGCCUGCCCUUCAUGGAAAAGAUGCAGAGUGGAAUGUUUGGCGGUGGUGGAGCAGCACAAGCCCGGUCCAUGCAGCAGCCGCAGCCGCCUCCUCAGCCGCCAGUGCCACCUCUCAGCUCGUCUCAGCCUAGUCUACGUGCUCAAGUGCCUCAGUUUCUCUCCCCUCAGGUUCAAGCACAGCUCUUACAGUUUGCAGCAAAAAAUAUUGGUCUGAAUCCUGCACUUUUAACCUCACCAAUAAACCCUCAACAUAUGACCCUUCUGAAUCAACUUUACCAGCUGCAACUGGCAUACCAGCGUUUACAAAUUCAACAGCAGAUGUUGCAGGCACAGCGCAAUGUUUCUGGCCCCAUCCGACAACAAGAGCAGCAAGUUGCACGUACAAUCAAUAACAUGCAGCAGCAGAUCCAGCAGCACCAGCGUCAGCUGGCCCAGGCUCUUCUGAUGAAACAACAGCAACAGCAGCAGCCCCCGUCCCACUCGGGCCUCCAUCCUGGUGGAGCCAAAUCCAGCCUGGAUUCAUUUCCAGGUCAUCCCCAGACUCCAGGCCUCCCUGACCUGCAGACCAAAGAGCCGCAGUCAUCACCUAAUACCUACAGCCCCUAUGCUCUCUCUGGACUCAAUCCAAACAUGAAUGUAAACUGCAUGGAUGUUGGAAGUCUGUCUAUGAAGGAACCACCCCAGCCCCAGUCCCGCCUGUCACAGUGGACACACCCCAACUCCAUCGAGAGUCUCUCUGGAAACUCCUCUCCUCUUGAGCCCAACCUGGGAAAACAUGGUGGGAGCCUGGGUCCUCCCGGGAAGCCCCCUCAGCUGGACGACUCGUACAGCCCCUACAACCUGAUAUCCAGCUCGGAUUCUCCUACCAGCCCCCUGGUCCCACCAGACAGCUGGGGACAGGGCAAGAGCAGCAAUGAAAAGAUGGCCAACGGGACCAAUAUCAACUGGCCACCAGAGUUUUGUCCUGGGGUACCAUGGAAGGGCCUCCAGAACAUCGACCCUGAGACUGACCCUAACGUGACCCCGGGCAGCGUCCCGAGCGGGCCCACCAUCAACACCAACAUCCAGGAUGUCAACCGCUACCUGCUGCGGGACAGGAGUGGUGGCUCCUCUCCCACAUCAUCUCAGAAUGAGGCUCUGCCUCCGUCCACUGAUUGGCCAGUCAGUGCCUACACUAGCUCGUUCAGUCUUUCAUCCCCGGAGAUGGACGACACAGGUAAACUGUCAGAGAUGAAAUCGACCUGGUCGCCAGGCCCCAUCUCUCACAGCCAGGCUUCUUUGUCCCAUGAGCUCUGGAAGGUCCCACAGGGCCCGAGGAGCAGCUCCACAGCUCCAUCCCGCCCCCCGCCGGGCCUCACCAACACAAAGCCUUCUUCCACCUGGGGGGGCAACUCUCUGGGUCUGGCCCAGGGCUGGAGCAGCUCUUACACCACAGCAGGUACCACUUGGAGUACAGACAGCUCCUCCAGGACCAGUAGUUGGCUGGUUCUGAGGAACCUCACUCCACAGAUUGAUGGUUCGACUUUGCGUACGCUGUGCAUGCAGCACGGCCCCCUCAUCACAUUCCACCUCAACCUGACACAGGGAAACGCUGUGGUGCGCUACAGCUCCAAGGAUGAAGCUGCCAAAGCUCAGAAGUCCCUGCACAUGUGCGUGCUCGGGAACACCACCAUCCUUGCAGAGUUUGCAGGGGAAGAGGAAGUGAACCGCUUCUUUGCACAAGGCCAGUCGCUUGGCGGAACCACCAGCUGGCAGGCCACUCCCGGCACCAAUCAGACGAGGAUGGGCGUGUCUGGGUCCGGGGCCUCCCAUCCCAUUGGCCACUCACCCCACUGGAACAACAACAACAACAGUGCCAGCAGCAGCAGUAGCAGCGGCCUUGGAGCAGGUGGAACGAAAACUGGGGGGGAGUUGCUUUGGGGCGGCGUUCAGCAGUAUUCCAGCCUGUGGGGCCCCCCCACUGGAGAGGAGGGACGGGUCAUGGGGAGCCCCACGCCAAUCAAUACGCUGCUGCCUGGUGACCUGCUGAGUGGAGAGUCCAUGUAGGAAAAAAACAAAAAAAACAAACACAAAAAGGUGCAAAACCCUUUGCAAAUCAGUGUGGAGAUAAUCAGUGUGGUUGUGAAGUGGAUGAGGAAAGACGGGAGGAGGACGAGGCUACAUCUUCGCUGCUCGCCUCGUCAGCCUCCUCUUCUCAUUUUGUGUUUAAAGACCUUUCAGUUGCAGUUCUUUUGUGAAUCUCAGUAAGAGGUUUUGGUCACAGUGUUCAGCUUUUGCUUCUGGAGACACAGGAAGGAGCCUUUCAUUCAUUGAAAUAAGAGAAACUUUACAGGAAUGAACUCUGAAGUCACCGUGUGACACGUACUUUGGUCAAAGUGACACGGGACGAGCUGCCAUCUUUAAACUUGCGUAACCCCUCACUGCCUUUUGAGGCAAUCAUACUGCACCUCAGAGAUCCAUGAAAAGGCAUCAUUCCCAAAGUAAAAACCCUUCAAUCAGAGUGGUGGUUGAACUUUCACCUGGUCCAGACUCGACAUUUGUUUCUCUCAGCACUAAUAUUAGCCUUAAACUAUUUCCUGCCCUGCUAUCCUCACUCACUCUGUACUCGGUGAAGAAGCAUACGGACACUUGCACACCCUUAUUUCUGAGCCAGUGAAACCUGAGUGGAAAGUACAUGCUGCUGCGGCUUAACACAAGCACCCACAGCUCACAACUUCAGUGCAUUUUUUUGCAGGCAGAUUGAGUUCCCCACACAACGCUCAAAGGGAAUGAUGCAACUCUAUUCGCCUUGUUCAAGCCAUUUAUUUUUCUAGUCCUUUUUUGUUUUGUUAUUUUUAACCAUUGCAAACAAAGCUAAAAAGUUAUAUUAUCCAAACAUGUCUGUCAAUCCUGUC